AGACAACUCCACUACGCAUAAAUGCACAUAUUUACUUGUUCCCUUGUUUCGCAAUACAGGUCAAAGUGCUUCAGUCAUUAUACACGGCGUUUUUUUUUUUUAAUCGGUAUCAAUAAGAUUGGAAAGUCGUAGUACAUCAAUUGAUAGUUCCCAGUGAAGGCGUUGGCUCCAUUCAAUCAGUCUCCAAUUGAAUUCCAGUCUUAUCUUGCUUCAUUUACGUUUCAACAGUUGAAAAAAAUGGUUGGAAGAGAAACAGUGUACGUUGUUGGUGUGGGUAUGACAAAGUUCGAAAAACCAGGUCAACGGGAUGACUUUGAUUAUCCCCAGAUGGCAAAGGAAGCCGUCACAAAGGCAUUGAAAGACGCGAGAAUUCCGUACGACGAAAUUAAAGCGGCCUGUGUGGGUUACGUAUACGGGGAUUCGACCUGUGGUCAGCGAGCUCUCUACGAGGUCGGACUCAGUGGUUGCCCAGUGUACAAUGUCAACAACAACUGCUCGACGGGCUCGACAGCCCUCAUUAUGGCCAAACAAAUAAUAGAAUCAGGAAAAGCUGACUGUGUCCUGGCGCUGGGCUUCGAAAAAAUGGAGCGCGGCUCGUUGACCUCCAAAUAUACGGAUCGAACAAAUCCCAUGGAGAAGCACGUCACUCUUAUGGCUGAAAUUUCCGGCAUUAAUGAGAGUCCCAUCACAGCCCAAUUGUUCGGUAACGCUGCUAUUGAACACAUGCAGAAAUAUGGAACAUCUCCCGAUCAUUUAGCUAAAAUAGCAUAUAAAAAUCAUCAGCAUUCGGUGAACAAUCCGUAUUCACAAUUCCAAGAAAAAUAUUCUCUGGAACAAAUCAAGAACUCGCCCAAGGUUUUCGGACCAUUAACUAAAUUGCAGUGCUGUCCAACUUCAGAUGGUUCUGCAGCGGCUAUUCUAGCCAAUGAGGAUUUUGUCCGACGUCACAAUCUGUAUGGACAGGCGGUGGAGAUUUUGGCUAUGGAAAUGGCUACUGAUACUGCUUCCACUUUCGCCGAAAGAAGCAGCAUUAAACUCAUUGGAUAUGACAUGACAAAAAAGGCAGCAGAAAAGGUGUUCUCUAGCGUGCCUUACCGCGUAACCGAUGUUGAUGUUGUCGAGCUCCACGACUGUUUCUCAGCAAAUGAAUUGAUCACAUACGAAGCUCUGGGUCUCUGCCCCCCUGGCAAAGCAGGAGAACUCAUCGACAGUGGAAAUAAUACGUAUGGAGGGAAAUACGUGGUAAACCCCAGUGGAGGUUUAAUCUCGAAGGGACAUCCUCUGGGUGCCACGGGAUUGGCCCAGUGUGCCGAGCUUUCCUGGCAGUUACGUGGCCAGGCGGACAAGAGACAAGUACCUGGAGCCAAACUCGCGCUCCAGCAUAAUAUUGGGCUGGGUGGUGCAGUGGUGGUGGGUUUGUACAAGCUAGGCUUCCCCGGGGGGAUGAGAAAAAAUUUCGUCAGCGCUGCGACAUCCCCAGAUCAGUUCAGGGCCAAUGCAGUUUUCAAGGUCUUCGAGGUAGCCAUGAAGGAGGAUGAGGACAAUCUAAUCGAGAAGUUCCGGGGCAUUUACGGCUUCAAGAUAAUCAAUGGACCAGGCGGGGCCGAGGGUUAUUGGAUUAUCAAUGCUAAAACUGGAAAGGGCUCUGUGGAGUUCAAUGGAAAGGACAAACCCGAUGUUCUUUUCACCAUCAGUGAUACUGACAUCAUGGAUUUUAUUUCUGGCAAACUCAAUCCCCAGCAGGCCUUCUUCCAGGGAAAAAUCAAGAUCAAGGGGAAUAUGGGGUUGGCUAUGAAGUUACCCGAAUUGCAAAAGAGAGCAGCCAAGAAAAUUGAACUUCUCAGAGCUAAGCUGUAAACUGAGAUAAACCGUUUUUCUAUUAUUUCACUAGAAAAAUGGUAAAAUUAAGUGGUUAAAAUAGUUGAAUGAGAACCAUUUGAAUAAAAAUUUAAUUCGUUUUCUUUUUCCAUUUUCCUAGUGAUUCUGCACAUUCCAGAAAUCGAGUAAUUAUAAAUCUUUACUAUAGUGAGGAUUCAAUGCGAUUCAAUUCAAAGGUGGAAGGGAGAAAGGGGCAAGAGCGAUUACACGACAAGUGAUUUAUUGAUAAUCAAUAGAUUUGUAAUCAAAAUGAUUUUUUAUAUUGAAAAUUUGAUGCAAUAUGUUGUAUACUCUUAUGGUUUCCAAUAAAAUCGACUGGAUAGGGA